UCCUGUUGGCGCACCCUGCUUCAGCUUGGCAGCGCGUUUCGGGGUGCUGUGUGCCACCUGACAGCUACGCACUGCCCCCACACGUCUCCACGGACCACCCUGAGGACCCAGCAGUGGAUGCUGUACUCCCAGACCCAGUGUGCAAAGCAGAUGCCGUCUGCAAAUCGGAUUUCUCCCACCUUUGCUGCGCUGCUGUCCAUCAGGAGGGGAUGCGACUGGAGAGCGAGGUGGGCAUGCAUUUAACUCCUGGCCGUGCUUAGGAUCAAGCUGAGACGUGGCAUCGGUGCUGCCUGCCCGCAGCCGGACCCGCUCCCGCAGCCCCGGACCCAGGGGCCCCCCAGCCGCCAGCUGGGAAAGGUCCCCGCUGGCAGGAGGCACAUGGGAGCUGAAGGGAGGACACCGGUGGUUGGAUGCUCCGGAGGAGAGAAGCUUGAGAAUAACCAGGAUCCCUGCCUUUCCCCCUUCUUCCAAGUCCUUUUCGCCACCAGUGGGCCUGGCCCCUCUGCUGUGGCCAUGGAAAACUCCUCACUUCCAGAGCUCAAUUCCUCCUGUGAGGCUGGGCCCGCAGACUGCGCAGGGAGAGGGGAUGAGGGGCUGAAUAUGCCCCCUCCCCUGCUGAGCCCCAGCUUCUACGUCACGGUGCCUGUCAUAUACUCCAUCAUCUGUGCUGUGGGGCUGACAGGUAACACUGCUGUCAUCUAUGUAAUCCUCAAAGCCCCAAAGAUGAAGACAGUCACCAACAUCUUCAUCCUUAACUUAGCCAUUGCUGAUGAGCUCUUUACCUUGGUGCUGCCCAUCAACAUUGCUGACUACCUGCUCCUGCAGUGGCCCUUUGGAGAGUUCAUGUGCAAGCUCAUCAUCUCGAUAGACCAGUACAACAUCUUCUCCAGCAUCUAUUUCCUCACCAUCAUGAGCAUUGACCGCUACCUUGUUGUGGUGGCCACCACCAAGUCCAGGAAGAUGUCUUACCGCACCUACCGAGCAGCGAAGAUUGUGAGCCUUUGCGUCUGGUCCUUCGUCACAGUUAUCAUCCUGCCCUUCACUGUCUUUGCUAAGAUACACAAGGAGCAGGGGCGUUCCCAGUGUGUCUUUGUUUUCCCCCACCCUGAGAGCAUGUGGUGGAAAGGCAGUCGGAUCUAUACCCUUAUCUUAGGCUUUGCUAUCCCAGUGUCCACCAUCUGCAUCCUCUACACCAUCAUGUUGUGCAGACUGAGACGUGUGCAUCUCCACAGCAAUGCCAAAGCCCUGGACAAAGCUAAAAAGAAAGUGACACUGAUGGUGGUUGUCAUCCUGGCUGUGUGCCUGUUCUGCUGGACACCCUAUCACCUUAGCACAGUGGUGGCACUCACCACAGACAUCCCACAAACUCCUUUGAUCAUUGGGAUUUCCUACUUCAUCACUAGCUUGAGUUAUGCCAACAGCUGCUUUAACCCUUUCCUGUAUGCCUUUCUAGAUGACAGUUUCCGGAGGAGCUUUCGCAAACUGAUAGACUGCAGAACCACCUCAUAGAGUCAACACCGUUCCCCCUCAUGUCCCUUGCACUGUCAUCUGCUCCUCCUGGGUGACUCAGGAGCCCAAAGGCUGUGUGAUGAUCCACAGUGCUUCAGGUUGUCUCACUACUCGAAACACAAACUGGGGACAGACGGGUCAUUCUUAACUCUCCUGUACAUAUUUCCUCAGCAUUGCUCUCCAUCUCUUUCACUAACGUGUUUUUGUCCUUCUCUCUAAUGUGCUUUAUGUCCUAGGGCUGUAGCUCAGAGAGCUGCAGCAGAUCCCUUUUCCAUUUAAUAGGGUACUGCUUGGUGAACUCAUACCACGUGACUGUCUCUGUUACUGGAGAUUUGUAAAGCCAAAUAAAGGUGUGUUGUUGGGUGUCUUGCUUAAUGAUUCCUCAGCCUCCUUCAUAUCCACAGAAUCUGCUUGCCAAAAGACUCACAAACUUAACAAUAUUGAAAAAGACACAGAUCCAAAGGAUAAGCAAUAUACCGAGGCACCAGGUAAGGAAUAAACCAAGACAUUGAGCUCAUUUUGUGUCACAGACUGUUCAGAAGUAGUCAAAAUCCCUGAGAACAGGCAAGAAGGACUCAGCCUGGUUUAAAGGAAGAGCAAUACCUCACUGGUGAAUAAAAUACCAGUGGGUU